AUGAGAACAGUUGACCCGGCCUUAUGGAGCAAAGCGCUUAUCAGGAAGAAGAAAAUCGGGUCUCGUCAGAGGACUAUCAGGCGGUAUGGAGUGUUUGAGGAGAGAGUGCGUGCCAGCUUCUGCGACGCGUUUCGGGAGUACUUGAGGCAUUCCACAGCGCCUGGGCUAAGAUACAUCGUGGAUAUCGAUGCCAGAGCACCUGUAAGGUGCUGUUAUAGUGUUUUGAUGUUAUGUUUGGUGGCAUGGGGAACUUCAGCCGUGAUAUAUGUGAGCGUGGAAUACCAAAAUCAACCACCUCUUCAAAUAGACUUCCGUGGUAGGACGCACGACAUGGGUGUAGCCUUCCCGGCCGUUGCUAUUUGCAGUAAUACUCUCAUCAACAAAGCAGCGCUCGACGCAUAUACAGACUAUUUAAAUUCGAAAAACAAGAACAAAACAUUCACCAGGAAGAUGAUCAGAAGUCAGCUUGAGUCGUUUGGGAACUUGCUUACUCUCAUUUCACCGCUACCAGAUAUGGAUUUUAUGAGGUUCAUUUACGAUAAGGACCCCGAUUUCAAUGUUACAAAAUAUAUGUAUGAUUUUUCUCCGAAGUGCUCCCAGAUGCUGGUGCGUUGCGGGUGGCGCGGUUACGCAGUGCAAUGCUCGAGUCUCUUCGCCGAGCGGCCCACCUCACUCGGCUUCUGCUGCGUAUUCAACUCCAGAUAUCAUCCAGCGGAUUUAAAAAAUCAGCCUCAUACCUUGAACUUGGCGGGAGAAAACAAAGGGCUGAUCGUACUCGUUACCGAAAAUCCCAACGAUGCUGCCAUCUCACGGCGAGUGAUCGAAGGAUUCGAUGUUUUGAUAUUCGAUGGCAUGCAGUACCCGCUGUUGCAGUCGGGUCUAGUGCACUUACUGCCAGUGAAUAGAAAUGAGUCGGUGUUCUUCCCAAUACACACGCAUAUACAAAGACCAACGAACAGACUACUUGAAUACAACGAAAAUUUGCGACGCUGUGGUCUUAAUAACAGAGACGGUCCUCGUAACGAGCGCAGCAGUUUCGCGUGGUGUCUGAUAAAAUGCCACCGGCGGACCAUUGCCGCUUUGUGCAACUGUUUACCAUACAACCUGAUGCCCGGCGCCAGUGACACUACCUGCACUCCAGAACACCUCGCCUGCCUAACUAAACAUAAGGACAAGCUGUUGUACUACUAUCCCGGUAAAAGCACACAUCCGCACCUGACCAAGGAGCUGCAAGAUUCCCAGAAGUGCACCAAGUGCGUCCCGGACUGCACGCGCGAUCAGUACACCACUGUACCGUACCGCACCAACCCCUACUUUACUAAGAAGCUUUGGAGUACCCCGUUCACAUCUGCAGUAUCGUUUGAAAAUACGUCGGUUCUCCGAUUCUACUACGACACCGUCUACCACGAAGUAUACGAUGUUGGUAUUAACGUUGAAGUUUUUGAAAAAUUCGCCAAGAUAAGCUGCAUGGUGCGUCUACUCGUUGGUGUAACCCUUAUAUCUGUGUUGGAGAUACUUUUUUUCCUAACAAUCAGAUGGGGAUAUCACUUUUGGCGGCGAAGCUGUCUGUAG